CCUGUUUGAGGGAAAGCAAUAAAUGUAUUAUAAUAGUUAAAUCUGACAAAAGAUAUUACGUAUAGUAGGUAUAUACACAACUACACACAUAAAAUGUUUAACAGCCAGUGCCAUCUAUCGGCUAAAAACGAAAAUAUUUAUACCAGAAUUGAAAAAGACUAGUUUUCGUUAUUAUAUUAUGUACGAGUAGGUACACAUUUUACUGGAUAUUUUACACAUUUUUAUAUUAUACUUAGUAUUCUUUUUUUAUUGCUUAGAUGGGUGGACGAGCUCACGGCCCACCUGUUGUUAAUUGGUUACUGGAGCCCAUAGACAUCUACAACGUAAAUGUCGCCACCCACCUUGAUGGUUUCUAAUGUCUCAGUAUAGUUACAACGGCUGCCCCACCCUUCAAACCGAAAAACAUUACUGCUUCACGGCAGAAAUAGAUAGUUAAACGCUGUUUUCUUAAAACAUUCUCUUAAAUUCUUACAAAAAUAUACUUUGCUUUUAACAUCAACUGGAGAUUAUCCUUUAAGAUUAAUAGUUUUCGUUAUUAUAUCAAAAUAAUAUCACUCGUGGUGGAUUGGGUACCAGUGACAGUGGAAAAAUAAAAAUUCUAAUAGAAUCUUUCCGUUUUUUAUCGUCACCAGAUGAUAAGCAAAGUAGCUUGUCAACAGCUAUUUAGCACAAGUUUAUGGUCUGAAAAUAGAUUUUCACUUUUAGCCAAAGCAAGCCGUCAAACUUAGGGGUUCUUAGACCACCACUAACAAAGCGAACAGGUCUUUAUUGCGUGAACAGACAAGCUCAUGCCCCACCUGGUGUUAAGUGUAACGUCCGGCAUCCGUCCGGCUCUGGAAUGAAUCUACUUUCCACGGUGUUUUUGGAGUGUUAUAACAUGUCUUUCUUCAAAGGAGAUUAACAGAUGCUCAAUGCUUUGAUUACUCGACUCAAGAUUGCUGACCUCGUCUGGGCGUAGCCUCCUAGGCUACCAGCGAAAAAGUAGGGGAAACAAAUUUGCUGACGUCCUUGAACGACGGUAACCAAUAACCAUUAACCAUCAGGCGGGCCGUACUUGUGAAACUACAGGGCAAUAAAUAAAAAAUUUGAAAUUUGAAAACAUUCGCCGCUUAGUAUAAAAAAAUGCUCAAAAAUGAAUUAUUAAAAACCACAAGUUUCUGAGAUCGAUUGAAACACGUAUUUCAACAUAAUAUUAUUAUUUUAGUAUUUUAAUUUACUUGUAACUAUUUUAACAUCCGGUAAAGACGGUUAGUCAAGUAUUUCGAUGGACAUUCAUCUAAAAUAAUUAUGAAACCUAAAUUACUUCUUAUAUAAUAAUAAAAAAUGUUUCAAUAUUUUAUAACUUUCAACUACUAGACGUAUCAACAUAAACGAAAGAUAUAAUUAAACGGAAGAAAAAUUGUUUCAAAUUUGAGAUCGUAUUCUUUUGUCGUUUAUUUCCUUUUAAAUUGAAAAAUAAAAAUAUUAAUAAAGUAUUAUAAUAUAACUUUUAAAAUAUGUAAUUAAUUAAACGAAUAUUAAAAUUAUUUAUAAUACGAAAAACUAACAAACAGGCAUCAACUAAUUGAAAUGGUUGUCUACGUCACAGCCGGAGAGUCGGUACUUGUUUUAUGAAUUUUGUCGGCAAAUAUAAAGGGUGCCGACACUUUGACUCGCCGACUUUUCGUCGCGCACUUCGAACGAGAAUACUGCACAAAACACUUUCAAACGACGUUGAGUUUGUUGGCGACUGAGAUAUAAAAACUGCAAUGGAACCUACGAAAAACUUGACACGGAAACUCUUGGACCUGAUGCAGGAGACAGGGUAUCCACUGGUGCAGCACAAUGGGCAAAGAAGGUACGGGCCACCUCCAGACUGGGUGGGACCACCGCCUCAAAAAGGCUGUGAAGUAUUCAUAGGGAAUUUACCUAGAGAGAUCUUCGAGGAUGAACUGGUCCCGAUAUUCGCCACAGUCGGUAAAAUCUACGAGAUGCGCCUGAUGAUGGAUUUUUCGGGCUCGAACCGAGGUUACGCAUUUGUAACUUAUACCUCUCGAUCGGAAGCCUACCGCGCUACAAGGGAGUUAAAUCACCAUGAAAUUCGACCAGGGAAACACAUUGGCGUCGUGAAAUCUGUAGACAACUGUCGGCUCUUUGUGGGGAACAUACCGAAAACCAAGUCUAAAGAGGAAGUCUAUGAAGAGCUGUCUAACCGCGUUACGGGCAUUGUCGAUGUGAUUUUGUACAAAAACGCCUACGACAGGAAACUGAACAGAGGAUUUGCUUUUGUGGAGUUCACAUCGCACCGCGCGGCUGCUAUGGCGCGGCGCGCGCUCAUCCCGGGUUGCGUUAAGCUCUGGAAUGAAGAUGUGAUGGUGGACUGGGCUGAACCGGAACCAGACAUUGACGAUGAACAGAUGAAAACUGUUAAAGUAUUGUACGUACGUAAUUUUCUUAUAAAAACGACUCCGGACGCGAUUCAGUCAGUGUUUGAAGCUGCCAUUAACGCAAAAAUACAACGGAUCAAAAAAAUUUAUGACUACGCGUUCAUUCAUUUCUAUGAGCGUGAGCAUGCAGAACUAGCAAUGAGGCUGCUUCAGAAUUCUGAAAUUGAUGGUAGCAAUAUCGAAAUAAGAUGGGCGAAACCUGUAGUGCGAGAGCUCUACCGUAUUCAAAAAUUGAACAAAGGCAAUGCGAAAUUCAAUAAUACUUUGGACUUCUCCCAAACGCUCUUACUUUAUAAACAGCAUUUGGAGAAGAAAGAAUAUGCGAAGUCAUUGAAAGAAGACGAAGGGAUUGGCUCUGCGUGUGCAGGAUCAGUCUGUGGCUCUCCAACUGAAGUAAAGCCUCCAGAGUACAAAAGGAUGGACACUCGGUAUCCACUAGCUCCUGCCAAGCUAGAUUCUAUGUGCAAGAGAUACAUGUGGGCCCCGCCAUCUUAUGAAUACCAAAAGCACAUUGAUGUAGGGGGUACUGAAGUUUGGAUUGCGAAGGUAGAAUUGCCAUAUGUGGGACUGCCGUUGCUGACAGUGCCACGCUGUGUUGGACCACUGGUGACGAGAGCUUGUGUCUCUAUGCAGCAAGCACAGAUAGAGGCUGCUGAAGCUGCAUUACAUACAAUUAAGGUUCUCCGAGCUGACGUCAUUCAGCGCUCUACCAUGACUGCAGUGCAACAUGUUUAUCCAUCCAUGUUGCCUCAAAUGCCAAACUGUGUGCCGUACCCUGCUGUCUACCCAAGUCAGCCUCCAACGAUUCCAGUAACACUCCCUACCCUCUGGCGAGCUGUUUGAACCUAGAUUUACUUUAUUGGUAUAGUAAUACUGAAAUUUGUGUCUUAUUCAUUUGCAAUGAGUCCUAAAUUUCCUUGUAGGAUUAGUCAGUGUAACAUGUUAUGUGAAUGAGUUUUAUUGACGAAAACUCAUAACAUAGUAGGUGAUGGUGAAGUUUCUACAUAACUUCAUGACAUUUAACAUUUUCUUGCUUUUAUGACAUUUUACUGUUGUUUUAAGUUGAAUAUGGUUACUUUACUUGACUAUAUGUUUAUUGGUUUAAUCAUUUGUGCUAGUGCAGCAGACUGGUACAACAGUGGAUGUUUAAAUUUUAUUAACUUGAUGGUUAAUAUAAGUUGAAUAUCUGUCCAGUGGGUUGAUCAGUCUGUUGUGCUGGAGUGAUUUGUUAAGAUUAAGCGUAACAGCUUCUCUGUAAUGACUACUUGUAUAUCUCUUGAUAGCUGUCGGGUAUUAUUUACUUUGUAAAGCCGACCUGUCAGUGCUUCCUUGUGCUUAUACAGAGGUAUAUUCAGAGCGAAAGCACUGAUUUUUUUUAUUUUGUUCUGUUAUAAUAUGUAUGACACUUAUUAAUAAAGCUGUUAAUGAGAGAA